AUGCCUACAGUUAUCGUCGUUGGUGGUCCAGCAGGAACUGGUAAAACAACUCAAGGUGAAUUACUUGCGCAAUAUUACCAAUGCCCAUUCAUAGAAGGAGAUUCAUUACACCCACAAGCCAACAUUGACAAAAUGUCUCGAGGAGAACCAUUGACUGACGAUGAUAGAUGGGGGUGGCUUGCGAAACUAGCACAAGAAGCAAGUGUAAAAGCUAUUGAAGAUCCGAGUAAAAAAAGUGUUGUAUCUUGUUCAAUGUUGAAAAAGGUAUAUCGUGACUAUAUCAAGCAGAAUGCUUCGACUUCGGGGGAAGGCAACGAUUUAAAGUUUCGAUUUGUGUUUCUUUACACCACGUUUGAAGAAUUGAUCAAACGGGUUGAAAAUAGGAAAGGUCAUUAUAUGAAGUCUGACAUGGUGAAGUCACAAUACGAUAUUAUGGAAGUACCACAAGGUGACGAAUUGUUGGAGAAUGGUGGAGAGGCCGUUAGUGUUGAUUCUACGGGCAAAUCGGAACAAGUUAUAUUUGAUGAUAUCCUCAAGCAAUUGAGCUUACCAAGGGGGGCGUAG